AUGUCAAAAACAAAUUCUGAGAAGAUAGCUGGAUUGGAGGCAGGUGUUGCAGCCCUGGAGCAGGAUCUUACCAAGCUUCGAGAGGAAGCUAACCUCGCCAAGAAGGAGAAUGCUGCACAAUUCACAGAAGUCCUGCAAGCUAUCAAUAACUUGAUGAAAACUGUCAAGGGGAAACUCAUUCAAGAGGAGGAGAAGGACAAGGAAGAUCCUGAAUUUGAGCUUGAGUUUGGAUCCUUCAAAAAGGGACCCAAGGACGAUAAGAACAAGGCAGCAAACUUGGCCAGAGCCAUGACUCUUGCUGUUAUGAUAGAUGAAAACAAGUUCAGUAUUGGCACACCCAAGACUAGUGGAGGGGUAAUUCGGUCCAACAACAGUGGGUCUAGUCGACCAGGUGGAGCUUUUACCAACAUGGGUUGUAUCAUCAUCUAG